AUGGCGACACCAACAAACCCAUGGGGUGCACCCUCCCCCCAGAUGGUUCCUUCUCAACCAGUACCAGCGGACGAUAUGGCCCUGCAGGCAAGGCCCAUGGGACUCAAGGUCCAUUAUUCUUUUGACCGGGACAACCAAGUCCACUGCCUAGCGCGGUGGCACCAGAUCUUACAGAUUCAGACAAUACCACUAGACGAAAAGACGACGAUUGGCGUGGUCGACCUGCGAACAUGUCUGCAGGCCGUUUCCCAGAGCAGUCCCGAGAUUCUGAACCAGCCAGAAGGCGACUACAGCGUUUAUGCGUACGAUUAUUCCGAGCCAGAAGUGCCCCUCGUGGGGCAAGGCCUGCUGUCAUGGAACAUGGACCCCCUCCGUGGGCCACAGCAACAACUUGUUACCGGGCGAGUCACUAGGAACCUCCUUGCGCUCCUCAACAGCGGCAGCCGAGACAUGUUGGAGGUCAAGCUGAAGUUUGCCACCGUAGCUAGGAUCGCGCCACCCACGGAAUACCCCAGCGCAGAGGCCAUGAACGAGAGCCGGUCCGGGUCGAUACCCGCCGAGACGGCGUCGGAAUGGAACUCGUUCAUCCAGUCCAACACGAUCCUCGGACACCCGCCCAAUGUCAGCGCCGUUUCUUCUCCGGCGCUCCCACCCGCCCAACCGGUUCAAUACAGCCAGCCCACACAGUACCACUCCCCCAUGCCUGAGAGCCAGCCAAUGGAUAUGCGCAUUGGUAGCCAACCACCACCACAGCCCAUUCUGCCGGCUCCCCGGCCAGCAAAUUCGAUGCCCUCUAGCAGACCGUCCACGGCCGUGCCCAUUCCCCCACGGCCGCAAGGCUCAGCCGACAAUGCACCCUCGCCGGCACCCUCACAGCCACCCGAGCCCGUGGCGAAGCCCGCGUCCAGGUCAAGGAGCAAACGGCCAACUGGGAGGCCACGUGGUCGGCCUAGGAAGAGGCCCCGGGAGACGGACAACCCAUCGGCAGUUGAGGACGGCACAGAUGGAGAUGAUGGACCACAAAAGAGGAGGGCCCAGGUCACCCAGACCGAGUACAGUGCCAUUGCUCCGUUUGGUGCAGCCCCCGACUCGCUUAGGGUCGCAGCCAGCACCUCGGGUUCUCUUCGUUCUCUGCGGCCGGUCGGCGCAGGGUUGGAAGGCCCUAGUGCCAACCAUCUCCAGGACGUUCCACGAGCCCCAACCCCGGUUCCAGAUGGCCAGAUGUUUCAGCAGCAACCGAGGAGGUUAGCGUUAGAGAACCACACCAGGGCAGAGCAUCCGGCACACGUGGACCAGUCAGGACCCAACCGACCCAUUUCACAAGCCGGGAGCCAGGACGGGAGGUCGCCUGCCGGGUCGGUUGCGCAUUCGCCCGAUCAUGGUUAUUCGCCGGAAGACAGCACGGGCGACCUGAACUCAUCACCUCCCGUCCCACGGGCAGUUCCGUAUAUGCAGUCUAGUCCACCCCCGACGAGCCCCGUUCUGCCUACCAUCCCAAUGCCAAACAUGGACUCAGGGUUCAUGAGCGGAGGGUUGGACGAUAUGUUUGAUGACGACGACAUGAUGCAGGGUCUCUCGGGUGGGCAAAUGCAGGAUCAGAUGCUCCCAAUCCCACCCCUCCCGGUAGCGAAAAAGCCAGCUCCUCGAAAGAACGGUCGAGCUGGUCAACAACAGCGUCCCAAGUUUCCCUUUCAAGAAGUGAACCCCGGGCCGCCUGAGCUGUUACCAACAAAGAGCAUCUUUAACCCGGCCGGCAAAGCCAAAACUCUCAACAGACAUGUUGCCUCAACACAGCCAGCACCCACAAUACCAGCAAGCCGCUCGCUCAAACGGUCGAAUACCGCCCCUAACCCCCUUCCAUCCGAACAAGAGCCACUCUCGCAGGAUCCCUCAAUGUAUGAGCAGAACGGCAACGGGGUUUCACGGGAUACCACCCAGCCGUACUCCUUCCCAGAUCCGAUGGCCUUCCCAGACGAUGUCAUGCAACUAGCACAAGCGGUCAAUCAAGAAACGGAGAAUGGGUUCCCCCCAACGUUCCCCCCCGAGCCCGCCCCGACCGAUGCGAUUUCAACGCCAAUGCCGAUUCCCGACCGUCCCGAAUCGGAACCGGCGCUGCCCGUUCCUCCUCAGCCAGAAUCGAUAUCAAUGUCGAGACCGAGUUCAAGACCUGCGUCGAGAGAGGCUGUGAAGAUAGAAGUUCCACUCACAGAGGUUCCACUCCCAGAGGUCCCGGCGAGUGAGCCCGUCCGGGAACCGAUGCUCACCUUUCCCACUGUGGCUGCUUCCGAGCCUCCGUGCCCUCCGAGCGACUUUGACCCCCCGCGGUACAGCAAAAACCUUGUCAAGAAGCAGUCCAUCAAGGAGAAGCUAGAGGAUGCUAUCGCCAGAGGAGAGUCUCCUCCUUUCUGCCGUAACUGUGGAGCUAUCGAGACGCCAACGUGGCGCAAGAUUUGGACGCAGGACCGCGAGGGAAAACCGGAGUUCCACGAGUUUUCCGACAAGCCCGGAUGCGUGACCAUGAUCGAGGUCUUGGAGAGGGACGAGAACGAGGAUCCGUCCAAGUAUCGGAUCGUGAAGAAGAACCUAGGCCCCAAGGACGAAAGGGCCAAGUGGCUGGAGACGAUGCUGUGCAACCCCUGCGGCAUCUGGCUGGGGAAGUUCAAGGGGCAUCGCCCUCCUGACAGGUGGGACAAGGAUGCCGCCCGUCUCAACCAACAACCUCGGCGCAAGAAGGAUCCGAAGGGCUCCAAAUCGAAGAAGACCCGGACGAAGAGCGACGCGCGGGCCAACCCGACGUCGGAGGCCUACUUCACCACCGACCCGAUUGGCCCGCUGGACCACGACUUUCUGACGGAGAAUUACGAGAACGGGACGCAAACACGGCAUCAGAGCGUCGCUAUGACCGAUGACCAGCAUUUAAACUUACAGAGCUCCCCGAGACAGCGCUUCUUGGGCUCAACUCACUCGCGGGGCAGUGGGACGGCAGAGAGUCCUAUUGCAGUUGAGGAUGAACUGGGCAGCACUAGGCGGCUGCUCUUCCCGUCCCCACGGAGGGACGGGACACCCAAGGUUCUUGGGGAGCUUUCACUAAACACGGCGCAACAAACCGCGAACCACGCCACGGACGCGGCAAAAUUGGGAGGGCCUGCGGCGACGGGCAAAGAGAACAGCGCUGCUACAGCCAUCAGCGAUGUGACGCCCCGGCGUCCCGGAACCCCAACUCCCGAGGACGAGCUAGAGCAGGAACUCUUCGGUACUCCUCCUGCCCGACCAUCCACACCCCCGCCUAGGGCCGCAGCAGGCCCUUUCAAGACACCUACCCGGCCAACCCCCAGCCACCGUCCGAUCACGCGCAGCAUCUCUCGCUCCAUCCGUUCCAGCAGGAACAUCGCCGGCUCACCGAGCCAAGUCUUUGCCCACCCUUUCGAGCGGACACCCACCAAAACCCCUCGUUCCGGCAAUGGCGGUGGUGAAGUAAACUUCCUGCACCCCAGCAGCGCCAGCAAGCGCCGUUCUCCGCGUCACGGCGACCAACAACUCCUGCACGCAGACUUCGGCUCCCUAGACGAGGGCGACGAGAACCACCACCGGGACAUCAACAUGGCUGCCGCGCUACAGAUGCCCGUUCCCUUCGACUCGCCUUUCACUGCCACACUGCACCAGCUGCUGAGCGAGGCUAAUGACUUCAUCUCCAGCGGGUCGCCGUCGGCUUCGCGGCAUGCUUCAGGGGUACAUCAUAACCACCAUGGCCAGCGGGACAGUGAUCCUGAGGUCGACCUUGUCCGGCACCUGGGCGAUUUGGAAGGUGCUGGGGAUGGUGCUGGUGGUUCUGGUGGUGCUGGUGCUGGUGGCAGCGAUGUGGAUGGGGGGGAUGCUGACUUUCGGAAUUUCCUGGGGACGGACCUCAUCAUGCCUAGUAGCCCGCCAUUGUUGAGGAGUGGGAGGGUUGUGGGAAAUAGUGCGGGUGGUGAGCAAUUUGGCGGGGCUUUGCAUUGA